AUGCACAGUGACCCACGACACCGCGGCAGCGCUCCCGGUCAUGAGGCAGUCGCAGUUCGGAACGAUCCAUACCUCGAUACCGAGCAAGAACAUCAUCAUGAUGAAUCUACUCUCGCACAUGAUGAGUCCAGCGCUAUCAUCAUGCUCGGCUCCUUCGUGGCGGGUGCAUUGAUGGGGGCGAUCAUCUGCGCACGGGUGUUCAUGUUCGCGCCGAUGGUGGUCGUGCUUCUCUGCGGGGCCGGGGCGGCGGUGUUCACGAAUUCAGACAGCGAGGUGGGGAAGUUCGUCGUGAGGCUGCGAUGGGCCGGCCAAAUUUCCCGUGGAGUGGGCAAGUGGACCUCCGACGUUUUCCUGGCCUUGUUUAGGGUCGUUCGAGAGUUCAACUACAAGUAUCAGUUGGCGGACAAGGUGAAGAUUACCGCGCAAGAAGCGGCGAGGAAGGUAAAAGCCGAGGUGCAGAGGAUCGGCAUCUGUGACGGUGUUAAGACCAGGGCACGCUCCCUGUGGGAACAAGUCCACAACGAACGUUAG